UCUGCCAAAAGAAAAGGUCAGCGUUAAGUUUGUCCCUUUUCUAGUUUAUUCACGUUUUCUUGUGCAAAUUAGCCAGACUUAGCUAGCAAAUUUGCGCAAGUGAACAUUUAUCAAUUUAGGAUGCAAGACGUUAACUGUCAACACUGAACUGAGAUCAUGGUGGUCAAUCUGUGCCUGCCUCAUUUUCAAACCACCAUACAGUGCAACAAGCUGUGUGCAGACAGCUAUGAUGUCACCAACCUCCUGUCAGCUGACCCGGACGUGCGGAGGCGGGGCUUCAAGCUGGAAUACUUCCUGCGUCCACCAAUGCAGGUGACGCUGCAGUUCAGCCUGCAGGUGGAGGUGAGCAGGGUGGAUGUGCAGCUGUGGCCCUGGGCCAUGGACCGAGGACAGGCCUGCAAGAGGCUGGAGAUCAGCACCAGCUCCAGCCUCCCACCGCCCCGCCCACGCUGCCCCCAGCAGGGCCCUGCGUCUGGGCUCAGGGGGGGACGGCACCGGGGCCAGGAGGGCCGGAGGGAUCCUUGGUUCAAGGGUCAUCACUGGGGCUGCGAGGGUCAGGACCAGGGCCACCACCAGACCGACAGAGACAGCGUCCAGGCCGAGUUCAAGCUGGUGGGCCGCUGUGAUCUGAGGGACGACCCCCCUGUCUGCUUCUCCCACCCCCUCUCCCAGCCACGCCCCCCCUUCCCCUCGUCGGCCCCGCCCCCCCCUGCCGGCUGCCGGCGGGAGCAGCUGUGGAGCUCCGCCUCUCUGGGCGCGGUCAGGCAGCUGCGCGUCACUGUGGCGUUUGGGGGUGCUGCCUCGGCGCUGGGGCUGAAGGCUCUGGCAGUGUGGGGGCUCCCUGCUCGCUGCUGCCCCCCGCUGGAGGUGGAGAGGCUGCACAGGGCCCACACAGCCAGCCUGGGACCACCUCCAGCUGGGCCUGGACACUCCGCCCCUCGCACCUCCUCUACCUCACCUCCAGCUACAGCAACACCUCCAGCUAGCCUCCCAGACGUUCCAGAGGAGUUCCUUGACCCCCUGACCCAGGAAGUGAUGGCGCUGCCCAUGCUGCUGCCAAGCGGAGCGUCAGUCGACCUCUCCACCUUGGAGGAGUACAGGCGCAGGGAGGCCACCUGGGGUCGUGCCCCCAACGACCCCUUCACCGCCGUGCCCUUCACCCCGGACGCAGGCCCCCUCCCCAACCCACACCUGAAGAGCCGCAUCGACCGCUUCCUGCUUCAGCCGGGGUUAGGGGUCAGUGGGGGAUCAGGAGUCAGGGAGGGAGUGCUGGGGAGGCAGGAGGAUGGGGGGACACCCCACACCUCGAGACUGGUAGCUGUGAGGGGGGACGAGAGGGGGAAGGAGGGGGAGAAGGAGGAAGAGAUCAAACUUCACCCCUGCAAUGGUAACGCAUCCUCCAGCCUCCUGGGGGCACUGUGUGGGGACAGGGACACCAGGAGACAGGAGCCCCCUUCUGCUGGAACCAGAGCUGCCAGGAGGGAGAAUGGGCGUGCCGACAGACCAGACCUCCACGCACCGUGGCAUGGGGAGGCUCGGGGACCUGAUCUGGGGCUGGGUACGAAGCAAUCCCUGGGUGGUGACCCCAGCCCGGCUGGUCCGGACUCAGAAGAGCCCAGCUCCAAGCGAGCCAGAACAGAUGGGGAGGCUGGUCCCUGUAGCUCCCAUGAACAGCGUCUGUGUUCCAGCCUGGACCAGGCGCUCCUCUCAGCCUUGAGAGGCCGGCCCUCCUUCACCUCGUCAGCCUCCCACACCAUCACAAGAGGCCGGCCCUCCUUCACCUCGUCAGCCUCCCACACCAUCACAACCCCAGGUGAACACAGGCCAGGUGAACACAGGUGUGCGGUGUGUUCCUGCUCUCUGUCCGCCUACUCCUGCACCCCCGCCUACCGGCUGCCCUGCACCCACUUCCUCUGCCGCCCCUGCCUGCACAGGAAAUCCCGCCCACCAAGUUCGUCGGUCGCCUCAGAAAUGCCGAAGCACUUCCUGUGUCCUGUCUGCCAAAGCCCCGCCCCCUCCAGUGACAUCACACGUGUUCAUCACUGAUCGGCUGCGUGCUGGAGCUGCCAUUCCUAAGUGUUGCGUGACGGUCUCCAGGAACAUUUCUAACAAGAUGCUGAAGAGAGUGAAGCAGACGGCACAGCAGGAUGAUGGAAUCUGCCAGAUCAAGGCUCUGAUCUUGUACCUGGGCCGUAAGAAGGUCUGCGCUCCACUGAGUGUGUGGAAGAGGCUGGUGGACCUGAGGAAGAAACGGAAGCCUCGCAAACAGAAGAGGAGGAACUAGAGAGGAGAGCGGUCUCAGAACUUUGUUACUUAAACUGUCUUUACACUGAACUUAUACCGUCUUUAUGUGGUGUUGUCAUUUAUACUGUCCUUCACCAUAAUAUGUUGGUAUUUCAAAAUGGAUGUGUAUGCAAUGUAGUCAACCGUUACUGUGUUCACUCUGUACUAUGCAAAGAUACUUAUCAAACAAAUUAAAGUUGAUUAAAACAAAUUACAA